UUCCUUUCCCGGGGAAGUGAGAGACAUCGUGUGGCCGGCGGGAGGCUGAGGCCACAUAUUUCACUCCCACUGCCUACUGUGGUUAACUUUUCUUUGUGUGGGUGAUGCUAUAGAAGAACCAAGAUGUCGCGAUCGUACCAGAGACCGGAGAAUGCCCUUAAGCGGGCCAGUGAAUUCAUUGAUGUUGGGAAACCCAACAGGGCCCUCGAGGUCCUUUAUGAGGUCAUCAAGCGUGGCAAAAUGCGCAACACCUACUCAGAGAAGUUGUUGGAGCCCAUUAUGUUCAAGUAUUUGGAGCUGUGUGUUGACCUCAAGAAGUCUCACCUGGCCAAGGAAGGGUUGUACCAGUAUAGGAACAUUUUUCAGAGUGUGAACGUGUCCUCCUUGGAAACUGUGGUGCGUCAUUACCUGUCCCUAGCUGAUGAGCGGACAGAGGCCGCACGCAAGGAGAGCCAUCAAGCUGUGGUGGACAUUGAUGACUUGGACAAUCUGGCUACCCCUGAGGAGAUUCUUCUCUCUGCAGUCUCUGGGGAAGAUGCUCAGGACCGAAGUGAUCGAACUAUCCUGACUCCUUGGGUCAAGUUCCUGUGGGAGAGUUACCGCCAGUGCCUGGAGCUGCUAAGAACGAACUCCCGUGUGGAACGUUUGUAUCAUGACAUUGCCAAACAAGCUUUCAAGUUUUGUGAGAAAUACAGCCGCAAGACAGAAUUCCGCAAGCUGUGUGAUAACCUGCGGACUCACUUAUCACAUAUCCAGAAACAGCAGGGUUCAGCCACGGCAGUCAAUCUCAACAAUCCAGAGACCCAGCAGAUGAACCUGGAGACCCGGUUGGAGCAACUGAAUUACGCUAUCAAGAUGGAACUGUGGCAGGAGGCCUACAAGGCUAUAGAAGAUAUUUCAGACCUCAUGAACAAAUCCAAGAAGAUGCCCAAACCCCAUGUCAUGGCCUCUUACUACCAGAAACUAUCACUGGUCUUCUGGAAAGCUGGCAAUAUGCUCUUCCAUGCAGCUGCACUCUUCAAGCUCUUCCAGCUGCUUAGGGAUCAGAAGAAGAAUAUUACAGCGGAGGAGGUGGGUAAGCGUGCAUCCAUUGUGCUCAUUGCAACACUUGCUAUUCCUCUGCCAUCUGCACAUCCUGAGUUUGACAGGUUUAUUGAAACCGAAAAGUCAGCUUUGGAGAAGAUUGACAAGCUGGCCACUCUCCUUUCUCUGCCUAAGCCACCAACCCGAGUCUCUCUUAUUCGCGACUUGAUCCGGUUCAACGUUGUAUCAGCAGUACCUCAGGAGUUGCAAAACCUAUACAGACUAAUGGAAGUGGAAUUUGAUCCUCUUAAUUUGUGUGUGAGAAUGCAGAACAACAUAGAAUGGAUACAGGAGCAUCCUGAGCUUGGACUGACCCAGUAUGUGCCAGCACUGCAGGAGAUGACCAUUACACGUCUGGUGAAACAAGUGGCACAGCUGUACCAAUCCAUCACCUUCAAACGCUUGCUUGAACUCAGUGUCUUUGUCACUGGCUUCCACCUAGAGCGUAUUCUUGUUGACCUAGUGCGCCAUAAUGACCUACAGAUUCGUGUUGACCACAGAAGUGAAUGUGUUCACUUUGGUGCCGACCUGAGUGAGUCACAGCGUGAAGAUCUUCCUGAGGGACCCAUGUUACAGUCUUUGCCCUCUGAGACCAUCCGUUGUCAGUUAGUCCAGAUGGGUUCAGCACUACAGGCCUGCCUUGACCUCAUAGUUCCUGAAAAUAGAAAGAAAGAGAUGGAGCCAAUGAGAGCCCAGACUAUCCAGUUCUACCAGCAGACCAAGCAGCGUGAGCACAUCAAGAUCCUUCAGCGCCAGCACAUCAUUGAAGAAAGGAAAGAAAUGUUAGAAAACCAAAAUUUGGAGCGUGAGGAGUCCAUCAGGAGGGCUCAGGAAGAGCAGCUGAAAAAGCAAAAGGAGGAAGAACAGCAGCGCUUAGAACGAGAAGCCAGUCGGCGAGAGAAAGCCCGACAAGAAGAACAGCUCAAGCAGAUUCAAACCAAACAAAUCAAAGACCGGCUGUCACAGAUUGCGCAGACCUCCUAUGGGCAGAAAAUGAUGGAAAAGUUUGAUGAAGAGGAGCUGCUGAAUCUUGGAGCAGAGGAAAUUCUCCAAAGACAGGUGGAGGAGCUUGAAAAGGAACGCAAGGAACUCCAGCAGCGACUCAAGGCACAGGAGAAGAAGGUUGAUUACUUUGAGAGGGCAAAGAGGCUGGUUGAGAUACCACUCUUAAAGAAGAUGUUGGAAGAAGAAAAGGAAAAGGACAAAGAUUUUUGGCAAUCACAAGAAGAGGAACGUGUAAAGAAGCUAGUUGAAGAGCACCAGGUAAGUUUGGAGCACAGUAGGCGCCUCAAACUCAUGCAUUCAGACCGCACUGACUUCCUGAAUCAGUUGAAGUCAUCUCGUCGCUCUGAGAUUGAAAAGAAGCUCAACGAUUUCAAUGCACGUUUGGAGGUGGAGCGUAAGAAGCGACUCGCUGAGAGGAAAGAGCAAAGGCGGCGUGAACGUCGUGAGACUUACUUCCGUAUUAAGGCUGAGGAAGAGCAGCAGAGAAGAGAUGAAGAGCUGAAGAAAGCCAGGGAGGAAAAAGAAAGACUGGAGAGAGAGCAGAGGGAAAAGGAGGAGCAAGAAUACAUGGAGAGGAAAGCACAGUGGGACAGGCAGGCAGAGGCACAGAGAGAACGCAUGAGAGUCAUAGAGGAGAAGCAGAAGUUGGAUGCCACACGCUGGGCAAACGUAUCUGCAAAUGAGGAACGGAGUUGGCGGUCACGUACCCGGGAUGAGCCAAAGGAGGAGACCGCUCCCGCUCCUAAAGAGGAGGAGGAAGAUGAAGAAGAGGAAGCUGGUGAUGAAGGUGAUCAAAGCACCAGUCAAGUUUCCAAUGAGCGUUCAGAUGUCUGGAGGCCUGGCGGAGGGUCAUGGCGAGAGAAGGAACGUGAGAAGCUGGAUGCCUGGCGAAAGAAGGAAGAAGAUGAGGUGGAAGAAGAGCCUGUCCGAGAACCCCGGGACCGUGGCAACAGAGACAUUAGGAGGGAUGAACCAAUGCCGCCUCCCCGAGACCGUGGCAAUAGGGACAUCAGGCGCGAUGAGCCUCCGAGAGAUUUCCGGCGAGAAAGGGACGAUCGCAUGGGCUUUGGUGGCCGAGACAGGGAUGACCGCUUUGGAAGAGAUCGUGAUGAUCGCUUUGGGAGAGAUAGAGAGGAUCGAUUUGGAAGAGAUCGUGAGGAUCGGGAUCGGGACAGUCGUUUUGGGAGCAGGGAUGAACGUGGCAACUUUGGAAGCAGAGAUGACAGGGAGAGUGACUGGCGCCGAGGACCUGCAAGAUCUGACAGAGACUUUGGUGGACGUGGGGACCGUGAUCGUGACUUUGGCCGAGGAGGGGACAGAGACUUCGGCAGAGGAGACAGAGACCGUGAUCGUGAUUUUGGCCGAGGAGGAGACAGAGACCGUGACUUUGGCCGGGGAGGAGACCGUGACAGGGACUUUGGUCGAGGAGACCGUGACAGGGACUUCGGCCGAGGAGACAGGGAUAGAGAGUUUGGAGGGCGGCGUGACAUGGGAAGAGAUGACCGUGACCGUGACCGAUUUGGAGGUCGCCGAAUGGAGAUGGAUGAUCGCCGUGGCCCUACACGUGCUGAUGAAGGUGGCUCCUGGCGGUCUGCUGGACCACCAGCAAUGAGAGAAAGACCUCGUACUGAGGAUCGAGAUAGGCGUCCUCCUCCUUCGGAUGACCGUCGUGAUGACAGGCCACGGCAAAAUGCCUGGCGUACCCGGGAAGAACCCAGGAAAGAGGACCCUCCAGAGGAAAGGUCUCGACAUCCUCGGGAGGUGACAGAUGAGGAUGGCUGGACCACUGUCAGGCGCUGAGCUCACAGUUUACAGUGUUAAUUUCAUCUGGAAUGGUGAUGGGUUCCUCUGGUAUUAGGAUGGUCUCUUGAGUCUUUUUUAUAUUGUCAUUGGAUGGAAAACAUUGUUAUAUUCUGAUAAUUUAAUAUUAAAGAAAAAGUAAAGCC